AUUACAAAGCAAAGAGAACAUUGAAGUUUUUAUUUUUAUUAUUAUUCAUUGUUGUUAUCAUGGGCUUCAAGCUCAAUGUGUUGUUGCUAUUGGUGUUGCUUUCAAGUUCAUUGAUUGGUCAUUUUGAAGCCUCUGUGUCAUAUGAUUAUAAAGCUAUCACCAUUAAUGGACAAAGAAAGAUUCUACUUUCUGGGUCUAUUCAUUACCCCAGGAGUACUCCUGAGAUGUGGCCAGAUCUUAUCCAAAAGGCUAAAGAAGGUGGUUUGGAUGUGAUUCAAACUUACGUUUUCUGGAAUGGACAUGAACCUUCACCUGGAAAAUACUAUUUUGAAGGGAACUAUGAUUUGGUGAAGUUCAUAAGGCUGGUGCAGCAAGCAGGACUCUAUGUUCAUCUAAGAAUUGGUCCUUAUGCUUGUGCUGAGUGGAACUUUGGAGGUUUUCCUGUUUGGCUCAAGUACAUUCCAGGAAUCAGCUUCAGAACAGACAAUGGACCUUUUAAGUUUCAAAUGCAAAAAUUUACUACUAAGAUUGUGAAUAUAAUGAAAGCAGAAAGACUAUAUGAGUCUCAGGGUGGUCCAAUAAUUUUAUCUCAGAUUGAAAAUGAAUAUGGACCUAUGGAGUAUGAACUCGGUGCUCCUGGUAAAGCCUAUGCUCAGUGGGCAGCACAUAUGGCUAUAGGACUUGGUACUGGUGUUCCAUGGGUCAUGUGCAAACAAGAUGAUGCUCCUGAUCCUGUUAUUAAUACUUGCAAUGGUUUCUAUUGUGAUUAUUUCUCUCCAAAUAAGGCUUACAAACCAAAGAUGUGGACAGAAGCUUGGACUGGCUGGUUUACUGGAUUUGGAGGUACAGUUCCUCAUAGACCUGCCGAGGACUUGGCAUUUUCAGUUGCAAGGUUUAUACAGAAAGGAGGAUCAUUUAUCAAUUAUUACAUGUAUCAUGGUGGAACAAAUUUUGGAAGAACUGCUGGCGGCCCUUUUAUUGCCACAAGCUAUGACUAUGAUGCACCUCUUGAUGAAUACGGGCUUCUUAGGCAACCAAAGUGGGGUCAUUUGAAGGAUUUACAUAGAGCAAUAAAACUCUGCGAACCGGCUUUAGUUUCUGCAGAUCCUACCGUAACUCGUCUUGGAAACUAUCAAGAGGCUCAUGUUUUUAAGUCAAAGUCUGGAGCUUGUGCUGCAUUCCUUGCAAACUAUAAUCCACACUCUUAUUCAACAGUUGCAUUUGGGAAUCAGCAUUACAACUUACCUCCUUGGUCUAUAAGCAUUCUUCCUAACUGCAAGCACACUGUCUAUAACACUGCAAGGCUUGGUUCCCAGAGCGCGCAAAUGAAGAUGACACGUGUUCCUAUUCAUGGAGGACUCUCUUGGAAAGCGUUUAAUGAAGAGACAACCACUACUGAUGAUAGUUCCUUCACUGUGACUGGCUUGUUAGAACAGAUAAAUGCAACUAGAGAUUUAUCUGACUAUUUGUGGUACUCUACAGAUGUUGUGAUCAAUCCGGACGAAGGAUAUUUUAGGAAUGGAAAGAAUCCUGUUCUUACAGUAUUAUCUGCUGGUCAUGCUUUGCAUGUUUUUAUCAAUGGUCAGCUGUCAGGAACUGUAUAUGGAAGCUUGGAUUUCCCCAAACUAACUUUUAGUGAGAGUGUGAACCUUAGAGCUGGUGUUAACAAAAUCUCCCUUCUAAGUGUUGCAGUUGGACUGCCGAAUGUUGGUCCACAUUUUGAAACAUGGAACGCCGGUGUUCUUGGUCCAAUUACAUUGAAUGGUCUCAACGAGGGGAGAAGAGACUUAACAUGGCAGAAGUGGUCAUACAAGGUUGGUCUUAAAGGUGAAGACUUGAGUCUUCAUUCUCUUAGUGGAAGUUCCUCUGUUGAUUGGCUUCAAGGAUAUUUAGUUUCUCGAAGGCAACCGUUGACUUGGUACAAAACUACUUUUGAUGCCCCGGCCGGAGUUGCGCCGUUGGCUUUAGACAUGAACAGCAUGGGAAAAGGUCAAGUGUGGUUAAACGGACAGAGUCUCGGACGUUACUGGCCUGCUUAUAAAGCAACUGGUUCUUGUGAUUAUUGCAAUUAUGCAGGAACUUACAAUGAGAAAAAAUGUGGAACUAACUGCGGCGAGGCUUCUCAACGAUGGUAUCAUGUUCCUCAUUCUUGGCUGAAACCAACAGGAAAUUUGUUGGUUAUGUUUGAGGAAUUAGGUGGUGAUCCAAAUGGAGUGUUUUUGGUUAGAAGGGAUAUAGAUAGUGUUUGUGCUGAUAUUUAUGAGUGGCAACCAAAUCUUGUUAGUUAUCAGAUGCAAGCUUCUGGUAAAGUAAGCAGACCUGUGAGUCCAAAAGCACAUUUGUCAUGUGGUCCUGGACAAAAAAUCUCAUCAAUCAAAUUUGCCAGCUUUGGCACUCCGGUAGGGUCUUGCGGAAACUACCGCGAAGGAAGUUGUCAUGCUCACAAAUCAUAUGAUGCUUUUCAAAGGAAUUGUGUUGGUCAGAGUUCAUGCACCGUGACGGUAUCUCCUGAAAUUUUUGGAGGUGAUCCAUGUCCAAAUGUCAUGAAAAAACUCUCAGUAGAGGCCAUUUGCACCUGAUCAUUUUCAAUCUCAGAAAAUAAAUGGAACAAAGAUUUAAAAUAUAUUUUUCCUUAUGCAAUUCAAUACAUGGUUUUUUGGUCCAUCAAAAUCUACUACACUUCUAGAUCACCAGCAGCAUUAAAUUUGGCUUUUACAAAGGUGAAGUUGCAGAUGAACACAACACACUAUUUGGUUGAAAAGCCUAUAGAGAGUUGCUGUGAUGAUUGUGGUUAUGUUAUGUGUAUAUAUAUUGGUAUUGAGCUUGUGUUAUAUACAAAGGUGAAAGAAGUUGAAAAGUUGGUUGAUGCACAUUGAGAUGACACCAAUUGAGUCCAUGUGCAAAUUGGUUUUUGCUUGUGUGGAAGUCUCUUGCUUCCUGUAAUAUUAUUCUUGUUAUUACUAUAAAUUGUUUUCCUUUGUAGAUGCAUGGAGAGAGCAAUUUAGUUAUUUUCUAUUUGAGAGAAACUUUCUAAUGUAAUAAGAUUAGACAUGUUAAAUUCAGUGAUAAUGUUAUUAUGGUUUGAAGUCCUUGUUUCUUCA